AUGGACUCGUCGACGGCUAUACCAAACACUUCAUCGGCUGAUGGCGACGACAUGGCCACAGACACCACAGAUUCAAUACACAACUUAUGGACACAUUUUCGUAUGAAAACCACUUCAGAGUCCCAAAGACUUCUCACUCAAGACUCAACUCUUUUGGGAUUCACUUCAUGUCAUAUAAUAUCCAGUUUUGUGACUCAAUACACACUACAUAUUUCUCGUCGAAACCUCUUAGUUCCCGACCUCUUAAGACACUCCAAACACCCGGUGAUAGUGGAAGUGCUCGGCCCUAAGAACUAG